AUGGGCGACAGGCUCACCCAAGUGCAGGAUGCUGUAGACCAGCUCGCGCAACAAUUUGUUGCUGCGCUGUAUUUCGUCCAAAGGCGACAUGAUCUUGAAACUCUGGGACCCAAGGAUAAGAUCUUUACCCCUAAGCAGGAUGGUCAGGCGCCCCCCUCAGAAGUUGAUUCACUACCGGUCGACGACUUUCGCGCCGGUUUAACCGAAUUGUCGCGAGACCUGAUCACGAAGGAGCAGCAGAUCGAAUACCUCAUCUCGAUGCUUCCGGGCUUGCAGAACAGCGAACAGGACCAGGAGCGCGCCAUCAAAGAACUCGAGGAGGACCUGAAGGCGGCGGAAAGUCAACGUCGGGAGGCUCUCAAAGAGCGCGAUCAAAUCCUCGCCGAACUCGAUCAAGUCAUCAGGAGUAUUCGGCGACCAUAG